AUGCCGGCCCAUCAUUCCAUCAUCGAGAUGCUUAAGAGAUUAUACGUGACUCGGGCUAGGCAAGUACUAUUGUUCCAAGAAACUAAAUCGUCUAUUGCCGCCCCCACAGUACGCUCUUUCCGUGCUUUGGUGCAUGAGACAUACCAGCCCCAGCAGAUAUCAAACGGUCCGUCUCCGUCCCCAAAUCUUUCAGCUCCACAAGAAGAGCUGGGAGAAAUAGUGAGGGAAGAAUUUGAGGAAAUACCAGGGGACGAGAGGGAGCAAGAGUGGCAAGAGAAUGCAGAAUUGCUACAAGCUCCCAUUGAACAAGAUAAUGAUUUAUGCCCACGACCGUCGCCGUCAACCUUUGACAGGGACUGCCAAGUCCUAGUCCUGGCAACCGACGGCUGCAGCAUACCCAUCAAUCAUCGUCAUUUACCCUUGUAUGCCAAUAUUGUCAACCCGAUGGACGGUUGGGGCUGCACCUGCGGAGGCGAUGCCUACGUAGUGGUCGCGGCGCUCUUGCGCGCCUGGCCGAAUUUUGCCAUGCGAGUUUGGGGCGGGCCCCUGGACAUUCACCGGGAGCGCAUCCUAUUCGAGCGCGACGAGGCCGUGUUGGCCUGGUCUGAGCCGGCGCAGGAUACUGUACGGAGGCUUCUGGACACUGCUGGUCACAUAAAUCGAGGCCUAUCGGAUGCGGUACAGGAAGCACUGAGGCGUGAGGCGCAGAAGAUGAUGGGAGUCAACGAGGUGACUGUGAAUACAUGGGCCAGGGAGGACCAGGAGUUUAUUGAGCUGGUGGAAGAGGAGCUUAAGAGACGAGCCGGAGGCACUGGUAUUAUGGGAAUCUUCAACCCUUUCACAUCAAUGAGGUGA